GGGGCUAAAGUCUGGGGGUAGGACUAAGAGCUGGGAGUAGGUUUGGAGAGGAACUAGGGAUGGGACUGAGGGCUGGGCCUGAGCGGCCGACCUAAGGUUUAGGCCUGAGAUAAAGAGGUGGUACUAAGGUUAAAGGUGGGACAAAGAGGGGCCUGGAAGGAGCUGGGAGGCCCCGGAUGAAGAGCGCGGCUGAAGCUUAGAUUUGGGCUAAGACAACGCAGAGCCAGGGGAAGGUGGAGGGAGGGAUUGGGCAAGCAUGAGGCGAAGUUAAAGGCUGGAUUGGGGCGAAGCUGAGAUUGGGGUUUACGGUUGGCUCGACCAAGCUGAGGUUCAGGAUUGGACUAAUGCGAGGAAGAGUCUUGUAGAGACGAGAACUGGGCUGAGAGCGAUGUGGGUCAGGACGACACUGAGGAUUGAGAGGUGGACUAAGGAAAAGACUGAGGACAAUGCCAGCAUCUGGGAUGAGAGCAGCACUGACGUAAACAGGUUACCCGGCUGGGGGAGAGGACAUCGGCUGGCUGGUGUGCCAUCUAGCACCGAAGCAUCUACCUUCUCCUCUGAAGGUGAAUUCAAGGACCCGGACAGGUGCUGCUGGAAACACAAGCAGUGCACUGGGCACAUCAUCCACCCCUUCACCUCGGACUGUGGCCACCACAACCUGCACCUGCACCCCGUCAGCCACCGUGACUGUGAUUCUAGGCUGAAGGAUUGCCCAGAGAAGACAAAUAGCGACAACUCCCGAGAUGUGGGCCCAACCUGCUCCCGAGAUGAGGGCUCAACAUGUUUCAACGCCAUCCAGUCCCCUUGCUUUGAGCUCAUCCCAGAGGAAGAGUGUGUGGAGCGGUUCUGGUACGGCUGGGGCAACAGCUACAGGCCUGUCUCUGUGGCAGUGAUCUACCAUCCAGUCCACCAUGACUAUGUGGCAGACGACCUGAAUGAAGAGGAGGAGGAGGAGGAAGGCCAGGCCCCCAUUCCGACCCAGGUGGGGCCCGCCACCGCCACACCCACUGACACAGGCCCGGGCGCCGUCCCAGGUAGCCCAGACUCAGCAGCUCCCGUCACCAUCUGGCGCUCUGAGAGCCCCACGGGGAAGUCCCAGGGCAACAAGGUGAUCAAGAAGGUGAAGAAGAAAAAAGAAAAAGAGAAAGACAAGGAAGAGGAGAUGGAGGAGAAGGUAAAGCCGAAGAAAAAAAUCAAGAAGAGCAAGUUGAUGAAAAAGAAAAGCCCGGUGGAAUCGGAAUCUUUACCUCCAGACUUGAGCCGAUCAGUAAGCCCCAGAGAGUUGACCAGGAUGUCUGAGUCCAGCCCAGACAGCCCGGAGGACCUGGAGAGCGAGGACAGUUACAAGGACCCCAGGCGGGAGGAGCCCUCCAGCGAGGAUAUCGUGGAGUCUUCGUCGCCCAGGAAGAGAGAGAAGAACACGGUCCAGACUAAGAAACCUGGGGCCAAGACCUCACCAGUCAAGAAGGUCAAGAGGAGAUCUCCCCCAGCAUCAAACCCCAAUCUCAGUUGAGGCCAGGGCGUCCAGGGUGAAGAAUAAAUGCGAUCAAGCCUGUAGCAGA